AUGCGGUUUGAGUUUGUGUAUAUCGCGUUGGGUUGCUUGGUACAAGCGUUCAUCAAAUAUUGUAGGCCGACCCUAAUAAUUGAUGGUGGUCACCUAAAGGGUGAAUUCAAGGGUACGGUUUUGCUCGUAGUGACAAUGGACAGUCAAAACCAAAUCAUGCAUGCCAUAUGCAAAAGUGAAUGUAUGGAGACAUGGUCCUGGUUCCUUCGAAAACUACGUGAAUGUAUUGGCAACGUGGAAGACCUUACAUUCAUAUAUGAUAGGGCUCCAUCCAUAGCGACAUCAAUUGCAAAUAUAUUUCCUCACGCUCAUCAUGGAGAAUACCUACAAAACAUCAAUCCAAAAAGAUGGGCCAGGGCACAUUUUCCUGGGAAUCGGUAUUUUCUUAUGACAUCAAAUAGUGUGGAGUCGAUAAAUUCAAUGUCAAGAUUUGCAAGAAAGAUAUCAAUAUUGAUGUUGAUUGAGUAUUUUCGUGUAACAAUGCAACAAUGGAGUUUUCUGAAACGUAAUGUUGCAGCUGAAACAAAAACGCACUCACCCCAUGGGCUGAAACGAUUAUACAAGCAAAUAAGAAUGCUUGUAAUAAUUGGAUGGCGGUGGCAAAUAGAUGGCUUAUCUUGUGGCCAUGUCAUAAAAGUGCUCACAUUGAACCGUUACGAAGACUGUUCGGAAUUUGCUUUAAAAGCUUACUUUACAGAGACACUGCGGAAAACUUACGAGGAGUCUGUGAACCCCUUACCAAGUCCAUCUGAGUGGGAGAUCCCCGAUGAUUUGAUGAUUGUGAAGCCACCCAUAAUGGAGAGACGUCAGCCAGGUAGGCCAAGAAACAAUGACCGUAUUCCGUCACAAGGUGAGCGUCCCAUAAGACAUGAAUGUUCUACAUGCGGUCAUUUUGGACACACAAGGAACGAUUGUAUGGGUAGGGGAUCGGGGAACGGAUCUGGGGGGAGAAAAAAAUCGACACAAAAGGGCAUAAUGACUGAUGAAUUCGCAUCCGGAAGCGGGUCGCAGAACGAAAGCGUAUACCCUGCUUUUGAUUUCAACAACACAUUUGAUUUAAAUUGUCCUUAG